AUGAGGAAGAAGCUCGACACCCGUUUCCCCGCUGCUCGGAUAAAGAAGAUAAUGCAAGCAGAUGAAGAUGUUGGAAAGAUAGCAUUGGCAGUUCCUGUUUUAGUAUCUAAAGCUCUCGAGUUAUUUUUACAAGACCUCUGUGACCGGACUUAUGAAAUAACUCUUCAGAGAGGAGCAAAGACCAUGAAUGCAUUGCAUUUAAAACAUUGUGUACAAAGUUAUAAUGUCUUCGACUUUCUGAGAGACAUUGUCAGCAGGGUUCCUGACUAUGGGCAUGGACAUGGCCAUUCUGAGACUGGACCUGAUGACCGUGCCCUUUCAAAAAGAAGGAAAGCUGCUGGUGAUGAAGGCAAUGAAAGUGAUGAAGAGGCUAAGAGGAGUAAGAUGCGUGAGUUGGGCCACACUGGCACUCCUGGUAGGGGAAGAGGUCGAGGUAGAGGAAGAGGAAGAGGCCGAGGGGCUCGAACUGUUGAAAGAGACAUCUGUCAUCAGCAGGUUGAAUCUGAGCCUUGCUCCUCUAUUCAACAAAUUAGCAAUGAUGUUCCUAACGCAAGUAUGCCAAUAGAUAAUGGUGUGCAAUCCAAGGAGUUUCCAAAGGAGAACUGUGCAGUUCAUGAGGAAAGUGCUCAAUCUUUCCGUAACAUUGAUCUGAAUGCUAACAUAAAUGAAAACGAAGACAAAAAUGCAAGCGCGGAUGUUGAGGCUUCAUUGCCUGAGCCUUCUGCCAUGGACAUUAAACAUGAAGAAAUUCCAGGAUGGUCCCUAUCUGAUGUGGACAAGAUGACCAUUGACACAAUGCAACUUGCAAAUCUUGGUAGUCGAGUAGAAGAGGACGAUGAAGAUUAUGAUGAGGAAGGGUAA